UGUCCAUCAUUUAAAUAUUAUCAAUUUUGAUAAAAUGGCACAAAAAAUUAUUUCCAUACCAAUGAAAACAAUUUGUAUAUAUGAAAAGAUUGUGGAUAUAAUUUAUGCUAGGGCUUUAAAUAGACCCAAUUUUGCAGUUUUAUACGCACAACUAUGUGCAUUCUUGAUCAAUGAUGCUGCAUUUAAUAAACUGCACAACUCAAAAACUACUUUUCAGAAAGUAUUAGCACGAAAAAGCUUUGAUGUCUUUACCUCACAGUAUACUCCUCAGACAGAAGUCCAUAAAUUAAAAGAAAAGUUUAAGAAUAGUAAUAUGACACCAUCUAAUUUCAAGAAUUCAUUGAAUACUUUUUAUUUCCAAUAUUAUAAUAGGUCUUUAACACAUUGCAAUUUUAUUGGUGAAUUAUACAAACAAGGGGCUUUUACCGAAAAAAUUAUAUUGGCAUGCAUUGAAGAAUUAAUGAGAGUAAAAGAUGAUCUGAAAAUUUAUUGCUUAUGUAUAAUAUUACAAGUAGCAGGACCAAAAAUAUCUAAAACUCAUAAUUUGGACAGUAUAGUAAAUCAUAUUUUAUUAUUUAAUAUUGAAAACUCUGCCCUCAUAGAAAUGUCACCAACUCUAAAGUCUUUAAUAUUCAAAAUACAAAACUUACAUUUAAAAGAUUGGAUAAAUGAAGAAUCUGUUAAGUUAAUUGAGGACAAUAAGAACCAUGUUUCCUUUGAAAAAUUGCCAGAGAAGUUAAAAAAACCAUAUGAAUUUAAAUCAUAUACUGUAAUGGCCCAGUGUAUUAUUGAUGAAUGUAUUGUUGUUCUUAACAAUUUUGACAAGAAGAAAAGUUUCAAUGAAAUCGUACAUAUGUUAAAUAAUAUUAACUCGUGGAUACAAUAUGAUCAAGUAUCAUUCGUUGUUUCCAUGAUACUUAUAACACUAAAUGAAAAUCAAAGUAUUCGAUAUAAGGCUGGUAUACUUUUAGACAAAUUUGUUACAGAAGGCUUGUUAUUAAGUGAUUCGGUUUUAUUGGGAAUUGACAAAGUAAUGGAUGACUCAGAAAUGAAAAUAGAACUUCCAAGAUUACCAGAUUUAUUAUUUGACAUCACUAGUAGGCUUAAAUAUCUUGAUAUUAAUUCAACUUAAUAUUGUUCAACUUGAUUUAUACUGUUUUAUAUUGUAUAUUCUAAUUGUUUUUUUACUCGAAUUUUUGUUUCAAGUAGAGGUUUUA